AUGACCGCUCUUCCUCCUCAACCUGAUCCCAUCUCCUCGCCAUCUCACUCCUCAAACUCACCCCCUUCGUCUUCGAAACACGUAGCAGCUCCAGAUCGCCUCGAAUCCCCCGAAUCCCUUCUCAUUGACGACUCUCUAUCAGCCAAAGACUCGAGUCCCCUGAGAUCGGUGGCAGGAUCCUCAUCAGGCACAACAAGAGUGGCUACAUCGCGGAACUCUGGUCUGGGUGGAGGAAAUCAAACGAUAGCUGGCCCGUCUCGUGAAACCGGCGCGAGGUCUUUCAACGGCGACGAGGAAAGCGAGAGCGACUGGGAUAUAGAAAUGGAACCCAUUGCAGGCCACCGUCGACGGCGAAGUAGCCACAACAUGGCUGGUCGGCCAGCUGGAUCACCUAGCCGAACCCGUGUCACAAGCCGUGGUCCCGCACCAACUGGCUCGACAGAAGAACCCAAGAUAUCCGAAGAAAAUCUGGAUGGGAACGGCUUUGCGACCCAGAAGGAUGAAUCCACCGACGACAGCUUGAGCGAUGAAGACCUCCAAGACGACGAAGAAACAGGAUUGACCCGCAAAGACAAGCAGAGGCGGCAGAAGAAGCGCAGCAGAAAUACUCAGCUGGAUCAACGGAUUGUCAGGGACAAUAAGGCUAUAUCAAAAGAGGAGCGCAAAGAAGCAGACAAGACCGUUUUCAAGAGCUUGAUGUACAACAAGUGGAUGUUUGAUCACGAACGGCUGAACUUUGCAUUUCCUUUGUUUACGACCUCUAUGCACAUGGUGGUUCAAUUUGUCCUCUCAGGUCUAGUUUUGUACUUCGUGCCCUCCUUGAGACCGGGACACGGGGUUCAUCUGUCAGAUAUGGGCAGGUCGAGACAUGAUGACGAGCCCAAGUCUUACGGCAUGACCAAGAUGUUUUACCUCACUCGAAUUGGCCCUUGUGGUGCAGCUACAGGCCUAGAUAUUGGACUUGGCAAUACCUCUCUCAAGUUCAUUAGCCUUACAUUUUACACUAUGUGUAAAUCCUCCUCACUAGCUUUCGUUCUCAUGUUUGCAUUUGCUUUCCGCCUCGAAACCCCAACAUGGCGUCUUGUCGCCAUCAUUGCUACCAUGACGCUUGGUGUUGUGCUCAUGGUGUUUGGUGAAGUUGAAUUCAAGGUGGGAGGCUUCGCCCUUGUCAUCUCAGCUGCCUUCUUUUCUGGCUUCCGCUGGGGAUUGACACAGAUCUUGCUCCUCCGCAACCCUGCGACAUCAAAUCCAUUCUCUAGCAUCUUCUUCCUUACUCCGGUCAUGUUCCUCGUGCUUAUCUGCCUUGCAGUGCCCGUGGAAGGAGUCGGAGCUCUCAUUGAAGGCUACAAGGUUCUCGGUGAUGAAUGGGGUUAUUUCAUGGCGCCCCUUUUCUUGCUUUUCCCUGGUUGCAUCGCCUUCUGUAUGACGGCUUCCGAGUUCGCUCUGCUGCAGCGCACUUCCGUCGUCACGCUCUCCAUUGCUGGUAUCUUCAAGGAGGUUGUUACUAUUAGUGCGGCUGCUCUUGUCUUUGGUGACCGCCUCACACCUAUCAACUUUGUUGGUCUGCUCACGACCAUGGCCGCUAUCGCUGCCUACAACUACAUCAAAAUCACAAAGAUGAGGCAAGAGGCGCAAGAAAGUGUUCAUGUUCGGCAUGCGCACGACGAUGACGCGCCAGAUUCCCCUACGAGUCAGACUAGCGGAAUCGUAGACCGCGAUGGGGACACAGACGCGGAAAACACUGGUCUGCUCCGUGACAGCAUCGACGGCUUGGAUCUUGAUGUACAACCCCAUGCGCCAGCUAAUGAGCGUCGUUGA